AUGGGACAAGCCUGCACGCGUCAGCAGGUUCUGGGCCCCAGUCGCCGGGGGGAUGUGGCGGAGGCUGCCGCCUCACCCGAAACCGACUCUGUCUGCGACGCGACACAAGGCGCUUCGCCCGGCGCACGGCAGGGCCAAGCACGCAGCCAGUCGGGCCCUUGUCGGGCGUCAGAGCGAGAGGAGGCGAGGAGGUUUGCUUCGUCUCCAGGCGGCGCACCUUCCCGCCUCCUCGAGGGCGAAAAGUGCAUGUACACCCGGAAGAAGUGGAAGCCGGCGAGUCCCUCCCUCGUGUACUGCCUCAUCAACAACCUGGCAGACCGUCACUUGGCUGUCGUGUUCGACUGUCGAGAGCGAGAGAAAUACGAAGCGAAUCACCUCCACUACGCAGUCUGCCCGUGGCGAAACGCUCAGGACGUCGCUGCUGUUCUCGAAUACUUUGAAAAACACGGAGCGCCGCUCGUCGCCAACGCCGAUAUCCUAAAGAAGCCAAAAGGUUUGUCGCCUCCGGCGUCCAAGUCGGCAGCGGCAAAUCCCGCAGCGCGUAGUCCGCGGUUUGUUUUUCCGGCGUUUCUCUCGCGGACCCAGACACUCACGAGCUCGGCGAACGGCGCGGCAGCGGAGAAGCGCCAGGCGGGGAAAGGCGCCGGAGACAAGACGCCGCCGUCUCCGCUGGUUUUCACUCCGGAGGGAGGCGCCUCGGAGUCGACUGCGCCGUCGCUGGUUGUCGUGGGGAUGACUUCGGGUCAGCUGGAUCGCGAAGAAGCACGAAAGGCAGAGGAAGCGAACGAGGCGAGAAGCGGCGGAGACGCCCAAACCGAGAUGGGAGGAGAGAAGAGCGCUGCAACCCCCGAGGAGACGAUCGAAGAAGGCCACAAGCUUGAGGCCGAGACGCUGAAGCCAGAUCGGGCGACUGUGGCGGCUGCAGCGAUGAAGAGAGCCCGCUCCGCGCGUUCAGCGACGCUCCAGGAGGGGCCGGGAACUCUCGUUCCCGCGUCGCAGUUCCCUCAGCAGACUGACGAGGAAGACGAGCAGAAGGCGGAAGAAGAGACAGAGCCUCGCGCCGCCGAGGCGACUCCCGAGGGGGACGAGCCUAGGAGACUUGUCGCCCUCAAAGCCUGGCUCAGAACCGUUUGCAAAUUCCGAACGGUGAUCAUGUACGGCGAAGGAGACGACGACGCUCUCCUUCUGAUGUUCCUCAACUCUCUCCUCGACAGCGGCGCACGCUUCAAAGCCGCUAUUGUUCUGGCCGGCGGCAUUUCCUCGCUCGGCAGUCGCUACAGCCCGCUGCUGAUCACCUCCGACCUUCUUCUCCCUGGUCCUGUCGAGUUGAUUCCUCCUUUUCAAUCUGUCCCGAGUCCGUCGCCUCUCUCGCAACAUGCUGGCGCUGCUUCGGCCUGUCGCCGGACGGCCUCGAACCUCCAGGAGUUCCAAGACAUCGCAGCCCGGGGCAGUGUCAAGCGCCUCCCGAGCACGCGGCGCGUGCUGGGGCGCACAAAAACCGUGGAGACUGCGGCGGCGUUCUCGGUGUUCGUUGCAUGCACGCCCUCAUUAAUCCAUGAAAACGAGGAAAUCCUCAGACACUUUGGCAUCAAAAUGGUGAUCAACCUGACGCCAACGGCCUGCCCUCUGCCUGUCGCUCCUAUCCCCCAAGCUGCGCCGGCGUCCUCGCCGUCGCGCGUUCGCCGUCUCCUCUCUGCAUCUCCCAAACUCCUCGGCGGAUUCGAAGUGCACAACAUGCCUUUCACAGACGUCGCCUCUUUCCCGUUUGAGGAUGCUGCCGCCCUCCUCAGGCACGCGAAAGAAAGCAACGUCGCCGUUCUGAUGAAUCCGGCGCUCGUUUCCGAGCUGCAUCGCCACGCGGAGACUCUCGCCAAAGUUCCCUCUUCAGGGGCAUCUUCUGCCUCGCAGCCUGCAGCAGCCGCCUCAGCGAGGAAGGCGAAGAACUUUGCUUUCCAUGUCCUCCCGUUCGGGCCUUCCAGGAAGGGUGACGCUCCAGGAGACGAAGGGACUCCAGAGACGAAAGAGCGGGAGACGGAACAAGAGAAACACGAAGCGAAAGAAGCGCCCACUCCCACGCAAUCCUUCGGAAACGGACCCGCGAAUCAGACCACACCCGAGGCGCCUUCGCCGCAUCCGCCGCACACCCUAGGAUCUCUGUACACCGACGCGUCGCCCGUUAGCCCGUUGCCUGUGCUUCGAGAACAGCCGCAGGAAGAGCUGACUUCUCACGCACCCCUCGAGGAGACGACGAACAAACGCUUUCACGAGUCGGUGGGCUCUCACCCCGAGCUGGUGAAGAUUCUCCUCCUGGCCGGCUUUGUUCUACAUCCUGGCGAGGCAGUCGAGUUUCCCUCUGACGCGCCGCUGCAUAAGUUGUCGGAUCUUCUCGCACUGCUUCCGCCCGCGAGUUUGAACACGGCUUUCGGCGGGACCGGUCGUGAACAGGAUUCUUCGCUUCUCUCAACAGGAAAUCUCUCGACUUCUGUUCGCUCUCUCGCUCCCUCGUCCGCGCUCCAGACGCCGGAGGUCGGGCGAGACACGGGUUCUUCCCUCUCCUCUGUCCCGCAUGCAGUCGCGUCUCCCGCAGGCCGCGCCGCGUCCACAGGCGCGACUGACGCGCAGACCUAA